AGCCCUGGGACGUCAGCACCAUGUCUCUGAGCAGCGCCUUCAGGGCUGUGGGCAACGACCCUGGGAUCAUCACCUGGAGAAUAGAGAAAAUGGAGUUGGCGCUGGUACCCCUGAGUUCCCAUGGCAACUUCUAUGAGGGGGACUGCUACGUGGUCCUCUCGACCCGAAGAGUGGGAAGUCUCCUCUCCCAGGACAUCCACUACUGGAUCGGGAAGGACUCCUCUCAGGACGAGCAGAGCUGUGCGGCCAUUUACACCACCCAGCUGGAUGACUACCUCGGAGGCAGCCCGGUGCAGCACCGAGAGGUCCAAGACCAUGAGUCUGACACCUUCCGGGGCUACUUCAAGCAGGGCAUCAUCUACAAAAAGGGGGGUGUGGCCACCGGGAUGAACCACGUGGAGAUCAAUACCUACGAUGUGAAGCGGCUCCUACAUGUAAAGGGGAAAAGAAACCUCAGGGCCACUGAGGUGGAGAUGAGCUGGGACAGUUUUAACAGAGGUGAUGUCUUCUUGAUGGACCUUGGGAAGGCCAUCAUCCAAUGGAAUGGCCCUGAGAGCAACAGUGAAGAGCGCCUGAAGGCUAUGCUUCUGGCAAAGGAUAUUCGGGACAGGGAGCGAGGGGGCCGUGCUGAAAUAGGAGUGAUUGAGGGAGACAAGGAGGCAGCCAGCCCAGAGCUACUGAAAGUCCUUCAGGACACCCUUGGCCGGCGCUCCAUUAUCAAGCCUGCAGUCUCCGAUGAGAUCAUAGAUCAGCAAAAAUCAAACAUCACACUGUACCAUGUCUCAGAUGCAGCUGGGCAGCUGACCGUCACAGAGGUCGCCACGAGGCCUUUGGUUCAAGACUUACUGAACCAUGAUGACUGCUAUAUCCUGGACCAAAGUGGAUCCAAGAUCUACGUGUGGAAAGGAAAAGGAGCCACAAAGGUUGAGAAACAGAUGGCCAUGUCUAAAGCCCUGAGCUUCAUCAAGAUGAAGGGUUACCCUAGCAGCACCAACAUAGAGACCGUCAACGAUGGUGCUGAGUCGGCCAUGUUCAAGCAGCUGUUCCAGAAGUGGUCAGUGAAGGACCAGACCGCAGGCCUAGGGAAAACAUUCAGCAUUGGGAAAAUUGCUAAAAUUGCCCAAGAUAAGUUUGAUGUGACUGGACUGCACAACAAGCCAGAGGUGGCUGCCCAGGAAAGAAUGGUUGAUGAUGGCAAUGGGGAAGUUGAGGUUUGGAGAAUUGAAAACCUGGAGCUGGUCCCCGUGGAGCAUCAGUGGUAUGGCUUCUUUUAUGGGGGAGACUGCUAUCUGAUUCUCUACACAUAUAAGGUGAAUGAGAAGCCACACUAUAUCUUGUACAUUUGGCAGGGCCGCCACGCCUCCCAGGAUGAGCUGGCAGCCUCAGCAUACCAGGCGGUGGAGGUGGAUCAGCAGUUUGAUGGGACACCUGUGCAGGUUCGGGUCACCAUGGGAAAGGAGCCACGCCACUUUAUGGCCAUCUUCAAAGGGAAGCUGGUUAUCUUUGAGGGUGGAACUUCCAGGAAAGGAAAUGCUGAGCCUGAUCCUCCAGUAAGGCUCUUCCAGAUUCAGGGAAAUGACCAAUCUAACACCAAAGCAGUGGAGGUUCCAGCCUUCGCCUCUUCCCUAAACUCCAAUGAUGUCUUUCUGCUGCGUAGCCAGGCAGAGCACUACCUGUGGUAUGGCAAGGGGUCUAGUGGGGAUGAGCGGGCCAUGGCUAAGGAGCUGGCUGGGUUUCUCUGUGAUGGCACUGAGGACACCGUGGCUGAAGGCCAGGAGCCAGUGGAGUUCUGGGACCUGCUGGGAGGGAAAACUCCCUAUGCUAAUGAUAAAAGACUACAGCAGGAAACUCUAGAUGUCCAGCCCCGUCUCUUUGAAUGUUCCAAUAAGACUGGCCGCUUCAUUGUCACUGAGAUCACAGACUUCACCCAGGAUGACCUGAACCCUGGUGAUGUAAUGCUCUUGGAUACAUGGGACCAGGUCUUCUUGUGGAUUGGGGCUGAGGCAAAUGCCACAGAGAAGGAGAAAGCUCUGGCAACAGCUCAGGAGUACCUGCAUACCCACCCCAGCGGCCGAGAUGCGGACACACCAAUCUUGGUCAUCAAACAGGGGUUUGAGCCUCCUAUCUUCACGGGUUGGUUCCUGGCCUGGGACCCUCACAUUUGGAGUGCAGGAAAAUCAUAUGAACAAUUAAAAGAAGAGCUGGGAGAUACUGCUGCUAUCAUAAGAAUCACUGCUGACAUAAGGAACACCACAAUCAUGUCCCUGAAUUCUGACUACAGCGAGCCAAAAUAUUACCCUGUAGAAGUUCUUCUGAAGAACCAGAAUCAGGAACUGCCUGAGGAUGUGAACCCUGCCAAAAAGGAGAAUUACCUUUCUGAACAGGACUUCGUCUCUGUGUUUGGCAUCACAAGAGGGCAAUUUUCUGUUCUACCUGGCUGGAAACAGCUCCAACUGAAGAAAGAAAAGGGUCUUUUCUAAGGCAUGAAAACAUAUGCCUAUUACAAGACCAUUGCUAUUGAAAGACCACAGAAGAAAGCAGAUAGUGCCAAUAUCAGGAAAAAAGUUACCUACCAACAUUCAGCUAAUUUAGACACAACAGGGUCUGCAAAUCAUAGCAUGUUCUCCGUUUUUUUCCUCAUCUGUAUAUUCCUUAAUUAUUUUAUACCUCAAAUGGUAACUAUCCAAAUUUUGGGUUUUGUGGCC